AUGGGAAGCUUCUUCAUCCUCCGUUGCUUCUUGUUCUUCUUCUUUUUCUUCUUCAAUGGAGCAUUUGCAGCUGAAGGGAAGAUAUGGACCAGAACAGAAAUGGUGGAGAUGGCUGGCUACGGUGAGCAGAAACUCUCUUCCGUGAUCAUUACUGGUUCUCUUCUCUGCAACACUUCACGUCCUCACCUUCCCUCUAUAGCUAUUCCAGGUGCUACUGUUGCCAUCAAGUGCCACACUGGAUUCAAAAGGAGAUCCAAAUGGCAUAAGGCUGUUACUGAUGACUUGGGAGAGUUUGAAAUCGAUCUUCCUUCCCAACUCCACGCCAUUCCAAACCUCGAAAACGCAUGUUUCAUCAAGCCAGUACAUGUGCCUAAGCACUAUAGAUGCUAUCACACUUCUACCAAUAUACACAAACGUAUCAAACUUGUUUCCUCUACCAAUGGCUUCCGCGUCUACACCUCAGGGAAGAUCAGAUUACAGGGCCGCAGUUCAAGAUCAUAG